CUCGGUUUGAUUUUUCAUUUCCUAAAAAAUAUUUCCGACGAUUUAGUUAGAAAAAAUAUAUAUUAUUAAGUGUAAUCAUGGCUGAUGACGCAAGUCUAUCUGAUGAAAUUAAUGAGUUAAUAAAAACGGAUGGAGAAUUAGAAGACGAAUUAGCCAGUCAAUUACAAAUUCUUGAAAAAUGGAAGAAAAUACAUUUAUCCCUCAAUUGCCGGAAUUUGAAUAAAACCAACAUUUUAGGAGAUAUAACCAAGGAAAAUGAAUGUUUGAGAGAAAAAAUAAAAAAAUUAACGUCAGAUUAUGAAGAUUAUAGUAACAAAGUAAAAUUAGUAAAGUCAAAUCAGUCAAAACAGGCUGAAGCUACAUGGCAACGUUUUAUGGAAGACUCUCAGCAAUAUCAACAUUUUAUAAAAUCAGCUCAAAUAGAAUACAAAUCAGAAAACUUGAAUGCAGAUAUUCAUCGUUAUGAAGUAAUUCAUCAGGAAUUAAGUAACCAAAGUCUUAAUGUUAUUCGUAAUAUGGAGGAACUGACAGAAAAAUAUGGACUCGAUGAAUUGGGAACGAACGUCAAAGCUAAACAAUUAAAAGAAAUUCAGUCAUUCAAUAAUUUAUUAAAACAAGAACAACUACCUAUCUCGAUUAAAAUAAAAAAUGAUGAAAACAAAAAAAAUAGUUUGAUACAGAAAAUAAAGCGAAAAGAGAGUGACACAAAUAACUUGAUAAAUCAAAGAAAAUUAUAAUUAAAUUA